CGCGCGAGGGGAGGGGGCCCGCGCAGGCGCCGUGCGAGGCUGUCGAAGAAUCAAGUCUGUAGAAGUGGAGCGGUCGCGGCGGCAGCAGCAGCAGCGACGGCGGCGGCGGAGCUGAGGCGGGCAGGGCGCUGACGCGGGCGCUGGAAAGCGACGACGCCAGGAGCUGUGAGAGAGCAGCGGAGCGACCCGGGGCCCGCGCCGCGCCCGUGCUCCACGCCGCCCGGCUGCCGCCGCCGCCCCGGCGCGGCAUGCCCCGCCGCUCGGGCUGAGCCUGCCCCGGCGGCCGCCCCCCGCCCCCCGCCCCCCCGGCCUCCCCGCCCCCCGCCCCGCACUCCGCGCCGGCCGCCGCCGCGACCUGCUGCGCUCCCCCGCGCCCGCGCGGCCCGUCUUCGCUCCGGUCUGGAGGCCGGCCGCGGCCCCGGCCGAGCUCCCGCCGCCGCCUGCGCCGCGCCCGCCGCGCCGCCCCGCCGCCCCGCCGCCGCCCGCCCGCGCCGGCCGGGGGGACGUGCUGCCGCGGCUGCAGCCCCUCGCCCCGCGCCCGCCGCCCCUCGUGCCCCGGGGGCGCUGCGCGGGCGCCGAGCCUUCGCGGGCUUUGCCGCCGCCGCCGCCGCCUCUGCGGCCACCGCCGCCGCUGGUGGGGGAGACGCGGGGUUGGGGGGGGAGGAGGGCGCGCGUGGUGCCGGCGGGGAGCGGCGGCGCCCCCUCCUCCUCCUCCUCCUCCUCCUCCUCCUCCUCCUCCAGCGCCGCGGGCUCCUCGGACAUGGCCGCGGCGGUGGCGGUGGCGGCCGCGUCCCGGCGGCAGUCGUGCUACCUGUGUGACCUGCCUCGCAUGCCCUGGGCCAUGAUCUGGGACUUCACCGAGCCCGUGUGCCGCGGCUGCGUCAACUACGAGGGCGCCGACCGCGUCGAGUUCGUCAUCGAGACGGCGCGGCAGCUCAAGCGGGCGCACGGCUGCUUCCCGGAGGGCCGCUCCCCGCCCGGCGCCGCGGCCCCCUCCGCCGCCAAGCCGCCGCCGCUCUCGGCCAAGGACAUCCUCCUGCAGCAGCAGCAGCAGCAGCUGGGCCACGGCGGCCCCGAGGCCACCCCGCGCGGCCCGCAGGCCCUGGAGCGCUACCCCCUGGCGGCCGCCGCCGAGCGGCCCCCGCGCCUCGGCUCCGACUUUGGCGGCAGCCGCCCGGCCGCGGGCCUGGCCCAGCCGCCGACGCCGCAGCCGCCGCCCGUGAACGGCAUCCUGGUGCCCAACGGCUUCUCCAAGCUGGAGGAGCCCCCGGAGCUGAACCGCCAGAGCCCGAACCCGCGGCGCGGCCACGCCGUGCCGCCCACCCUGGUGCCGCUCAUGAACGGCUCGGCCACGCCGCUGCCCGCCGCGCUCGGCCUCAGCGGCCGCGCCGCCGCCUCCCUGGCCGCUGUGUCCGGGGCCGCGGCCGCCGGCCUGGGCUCGGCGCAGCCUGCCGAACUGAGCUCCCACAAGCGGCCGGCGUCCGUUUCGAGCAGCGCGGCCGCGGAGCACGAGCAGCGCGAGGCGGCCGCCAAGGAGAAGCAGCCGCCGCCGCCCUCGCAUCGCGGCGCGGCCGACAGCCUGGCCGCGGCGGCCGGGCCCACCGAGCUGGGCGCCGAGGGCGCGGGCAAAGGCCGCGGGCCCGGAGAGCAGGACUGGGUCAACAGGCCCAAGACCGUGCGAGACACGCUGCUGGCGCUGCACCAGCACGGCCACUCGGGGCCCUUCGAGAGCAAGUUUAAGAAGGAGCCGGCCCUGACUGCAGGCAGGUUGUUGGGUUUCGAGGCCAACGGGGCCAACGGGUCUAAAGCAGUGGCAAGAACAGCGAGGAAAAGAAAGCCUUCUCCAGAACCAGAAGGUGAAGUCGGGCCCCCUAAGAUCAAUGGAGAGGCACAACCCUGGCUGUCCACACCCACAGAAGGGCUCAAGAUCCCCAUUACUCCUACAUCCUCUUUUGUGUCUCCGCCGCCACCCACUGCCUCACCUCAUUCCAACCGGACCACACCGCCUGAAGCGGCUCAGAACGGCCAGUCCCCCAUGGCAGCCCUGAUCUUAGUGGCAGACAAUGCAGGCGGCAGUCACGCCUCGAAAGACGCCAACCAGGUUCACUCCACUACCAGAAGGAAUAGCAGCAGUCCACCCUCUCCGUCGUCUAUGAACCAAAGAAGGCUAGGCCCCAGAGAGGUGGGGGGCCAGGGGGCAGGCAGCACCGGAGGACUGGAGCCAGUGCACCCUGCCGGCCUCCCAGACUCUUCUCUGGCAGCCAGUGCCCCCCUGUGCUGCACCCUCUGCCACGAGCGGCUGGAGGACACCCACUUUGUGCAGUGCCCGUCUGUCCCUUCGCACAAGUUCUGCUUCCCUUGCUCCAGACAAAGCAUCAAACAGCAGGGAGCUAGCGGAGAGGUCUAUUGUCCCAGCGGGGAAAAAUGCCCUCUGGUGGGCUCCAAUGUCCCCUGGGCCUUUAUGCAAGGGGAAAUUGCGACCAUCCUGGCUGGAGAUGUGAAAGUGAAAAAAGAGAGAGACUCGUGACUUUCCGGUUUCAGAAAAACCCAAUGAUUACCCUUAACUAAAACUGCUUGAAUUGUAUAUAUAUAUAUCUCCACAUAUAUAUAUAUAUAUAUAUAUAUAUAUAUACACACACACAUAUGUAUAUAUAUACACACACACAUAUAUAUAUACAUAUGUAUAUAUAUAUGUAUAUAUAUAUAUAUACAUCCAAGACAAGGGAAAUGUAGACUUCAUAAACAUGGCUGUAUAAUUUUGAUUUUUUUUUGAAUACGUUGUGUUUCUAUUUUUUUUUUUUUUUUUGACGACAAAAGGUAUGUACUUCUAAAGGCAUUUUCUUCUUUUGUUAAUGUUAUUAGCAUAUCUUUGUGCUUUAUUAUCCUGGUGACAGUUACCGUUCAAUGUAGGCUGUGACUUGCGCUGCUUUUUUAGAGCACUUGGCCAAUCCGAACUGCUUCUAGCUGUAUUUGUAUGCACUUAUUUUAAAAAGAAAAAAAAAAAAGCCAAAUACAUUUUCUGACAUUGUAA